AAAAAUAUGCAGAACAAAAUUAAGAAAUUAUUCUCUCCUCCAUAAUCGAUUCCCCCCUAAUUAGAGACACCUCGAGUCUACAUUACCUUAACAAUAUGGCGAGGAAAAACACAUUCAGACCGUCAUCUUGUCUACUCGUAACAGGUAAUUUCUGCUGAUGCGGUCAUGUCUGGAAAUGGCAGGGGGUCGCUUAUUGCCCCUUAAUGUAUCUCCCCGCCUAAAUUGCAGAACAAGAAUUUCUCUUGCGGUAUAAGCCAUUCACGCCAAAGUGCCGGCGCACAAGCGGCUCAUUGACUUGGCUGCUUUACUUCGUUUUUGGUGUUUUACGCAUUUCCCUUCACUCCAGACUUUACAUCGUAUGUGAAGGAACUGCAUCAAGAUGUAGACAAAUAGGAAAUGUGGGGUUGACUUGAGAGAUAAUGGUUAAGUGAUAGGCAAUGUUUAUUUCGGUUCUGCACGGAUCUUUUUUUUUAUCCGCUUGGCUUAAGUGCUAGGCUGCAUGAACACAGGUCUGACAACUGGCCACCGGUGUCCUAGCGUUGAAUUACUUCGCGGACAAGGCGCAUUCCUUCAGGACCCUUCAAGAUCAACCCAAGAGGCAGUAGCAGAUGCAGCGGGGAGCAGCAAUGGUCGAGUCAGCGAGAAUCGCAGUGGAGCCGCACUAAGGCAAAGCAAGCUACUCCCCAGUCUGGGGACUAGGACAACAAAUAAGGGGAGGGGAACAACGUGGAUUUUUUUUACUGAAUGCCUGCUACAUUAUUUUAAUCGGAAUUCCACAACUCCUGCAGAGCUCCAAGUUAACCUGCAAGAUGACUGUCGUUGCGGGAGAUAACAUGGAUGAGACAUCGGCGGUGCCUGGGCACCCGCAGGACACAUAUCCCCCUGACCACGAUGACCACGAUUGCUGCGAGAGGGUGGUCAUCAAUAUUGCGGGGCUCCGAUUCGAGACGCAGCUAAAUACUCUCUCACAGUUUCCAGAAACAUUGCUAGGCAAUCCCAAGAAGAGGAUGCGGUACUUCGAUCCCUUGAGAAAUGAGUAUUUCUUUGACAGAAACCGUCCCAGCUUUGACGCUAUUCUCUACUAUUAUCAAUCUGGGGGUAGGCUGAGGAGACCUGUGAACGUCCCGCUGGAUAUGUUUUCGGAAGAGAUCAAAUUUUAUGAGCUCGGGGUCGAAGCGAUGGAGAAAUUCCGCGAGGAUGAGGGUUUCAUCAGAGAGGAAGAACGCCCAUUGCCAGAAAAGGAGUUUCAGCGACAAAUUUGGCUGCUCUUUGAACACCCAGAGAGUUCUGGCCCUGCUAGAGGUAUUGCAAUAGUGUCUGUGAUGGUCAUUCUGAUUUCCAUAGUCAUAUUUUGUUUAGAGACUUUGCCUGAACUGAAAGAGGACCCAAGAGGUCGGUUAAAGACAAUAGGCAACACUACUUUUUACUACAAACCAAAUAUCUUGACCGACCCUUUCUUCAUAAUCGAGACACUCUGCAUUAUCUGGUUCUCCUUUGAAUUGAUAGUUCGCUUUUUCGCGUGUCCCAGUAAGGCGGCCUUCUUCAAGAACAUGAUGAACACUAUUGACAUAGUGGCUAUCAUUCCCUACUUCAUCACACUGGGCACGGAGCUGGCUGAAGACCCCAACGACGCCGAAGAAGGGGUAGGAGAACAGGCAACAUCUCUGGCCAUCCUCAGGGUGAUUCGUCUGGUCAGAGUGUUCAGAAUCUUUAAACUGUCAAGACAUUCGAAAGGAUUGCAGAUUUUGGGCCAGACACUCAAGGCCAGUAUGAGAGAGCUUGGAUUGCUGAUCUUCUUUCUAUUCAUCGGUGUCAUCUUAUUCUCCAGUGCCGUAUACUUUGCUGAGGCAGAAGAGGGAGAGUCCCACUUUCACAGCAUCCCGGACGCUUUCUGGUGGGCAGUGGUGUCAAUGACAACAGUGGGAUAUGGGGAUAUGGUCCCAGUUACAAUAGGGGGCAAGAUUGUAGGCUCUCUGUGCGCCAUCGCUGGAGUGUUGACAAUUGCGCUCCCAGUGCCUGUCAUUGUGUCCAACUUCAACUACUUCUACCACAGGGAGACCGAGGGAGAGGAGCAGGCCCAACUCCUAAAUGUAAGCAAUCCAAAUAUAUCUGAAACCAAUUCUAGCCGCCGUAGCUCAUCAACCGUCAGCAAGUCAGAAUACAUGGAGAUUGAUGGAGACAUAAAUAAUAGCAUCGACAACUUUAGGGAGGCCAAUCUCAGAACUGGCAAUUGCACUAUAGCCAACCAAAACUGUGUAAACAAAAGCAAACUCCUGACAGAUGUGUAAAACGGAAGUAGAAUCUGUGGGACCUCAAAGAUGCUGUCACAUGGAAUAAACCAUCCGUUUGAAUGCUUCAUGUACCUUCUUAAAGCGCUCUAGCAUUACUACAACCAAGCUCAGCAACUGAAAGGAACCAGAAAAAAAUAAUCUAUUAGAGCAUAUGACAGGUAGAGUAAUAAAUUCUUUGAAACAAUCUUUCAAAUAUACACAUAUAUUGCAACAAAAAACAUUAAACAAAAAACGAACAUCUAUUUAACACCCGCGUCUGAGCCCUGGACAACUAACAGCAGCCACAAUGACUGUUCUAUCUGACACCUGCGUGAUCAUUAAACGUUAUGCAUGGAUUACAGAUAACAUUUCAGCAAGUUGCACAAUGCAUCUAGGAAAAUGCAUCAGAAUACUCUGCAGAUACAUGCAAGCAUCUGCAGAUCAGUGGUCGGAGCCUGGAGGUUGACCCCCCCCCCCCCCCCCUUCCCGACUUAUGAUCUACUAUCCAGCAAUGCACCUUAAUGGAAAAAGACUGAUCUCCUGGUUGGAUGUUAAAGAGGGUCUACUUGCCUCAAGGACAUCCGCAAUGCUGCUAUUUUCCAGCAGAUGCUGUAAUUAUGAUAUCACCAAGUGAUUCAAUGCCAUGCCCUUUAGAUGCAAGACAGCACAAUUAUAAAAAAGAGCUUCACAUGAGCAUGUUUAGAAAGACUCCCCAUUUGAUAUUGGCAUGCGUGAGACAUUACCUCAUAUAAUGGUAAAGAUGUUCUUUUGGAUCCCUUAACUCAUUACCCCGUUCUCAUUCGUUUUAACAGAGUGCACUGGUUAGAUUUAAUUUGAAAAUGCAAAUAAUUUAGAAGUAUCUAGAGACUGAAUGUUAAACCUUAAGGGAACAAAGUAAAUAAAUGAGAUCAUAGCAUGAUAAAGUAACCUGCAUUAUGGCCUAUCGACUAAGGUACUAAGUAUCCUAGUAUAUUUAAUGCAUGACAUCAAUAUACAGCUUGUUGCAAUUCAGGCACAUUGGGUGUCCUAUAUUGUCAGGGAAACUAGGGAAACAAAAUCCUUGACGUUUCUGAAAUGUGACAAAAUAUAUCCAAACCCAACUCGGGGAUGCAGACUUUCUAAUUCAACAGGCAGUCAAAGAAGCUGAAGAAAUAUUAUCAAAAUGCAUAUAGCCUACUCAUAGUAAGCACCAGUUAGGCCUACAGUAUUACUUCAAUAGCGCAGUGCAUGGACCUUCUUUGAACAAGAAAAGUUAACAUAUGAGUCAUGCUUCCAUUUCACUUCAAAAUUUUGGGGAAAAAAACAAGAAAUUUAAAAAGUGUUAUGUUAGAUAUUGCAAAUAAUUACUUUUACAUUAGUUGCUAGUGCCUUUACCCCUCUCACCAACAGGAUCAAAGAAAGUGCCUCUGUGUACAACGGCAUUCAUGCAGUUGAGCAGAUCUGGUGCAGUUCCUGUGUUUUUAACUAUGCUGUUAUUGUCGUUGAAGAUGUUGUCGAGGAUUAUUGUUAUGAUUCUAAAGAUUAUAGAUACAGUGAAAGAAUGUUUGGUACAAAAAAUAUGGUACAACUUUAUGCUGUCAUGCACUUGCCCUACUGGAACACCCUAGAGUACUUUACCUGUCCAUCUAAAUCAAAAUGAAAAGGGAAUAUUCAUUGUUUUAAGUUGGCCUUUCUUUUUAUAUAGAUUUUUGUGCCAUAAAUCUUUUAAAUGUCUACCUCAGUGAGGUCAUUGCAAAACUAACUGCAGAGAUGUAGUCUACUCCAAUGCAGAGCUCUUUUUUCCAUAUGCAAAAUGGCACCUAAACUGUGGUCAUGCCAUGUUGAACUCUAGAUUAGCCCUAUUUCAUACACAAGCCUGUACAGAAGCACUUAUGAUGAACAGUGUACCAACCCACCUUAUCCCCAGCCCUUUUCGUUUGAAGCUACGCACAAUCAAAAAAUUUUAGGCUUUAGUAGAACAUAAAUAGACUGACUCCAAAAAACAUGUGAUUUAUGGUCUGUUGGACUGCUGAAUCGGGCAGUUUUUGAAUUAUUGCGAAUCCAUAGAAAUACAAUGCCUGAAAGCAGUUUUGUUGUUAUGUUUAUUUGUCAAAGAGGGACAGUGGAAUGUUUGAAAAUGGUUGUCCACAAUGGUCCAAUUUCAGUUCAAUUUGAAUUAUUGGGCAUUACGCACCCCGGGUGCAAAACAUCUGGUAGCACGCUUCAUGCCUUGUUAGAUGAAUCUUUAUUGUUAGUUUGACCUUCAGCUCUCUGCAUUGCGUGUUCAAAUAAAACAUUUUCCCCAAGGGCCAGAUCUUAUAGUAAGCUCAGCUAUCACACUGUUUUUAUCAUGUAAGUUGAGGAGUCAUGCAUGACAUGGACAUUCAAUCCAACAUAUUGAUAUUGCUUAAAAUCAUGCUCACUGUUGAGAUGAACACAACGAUCCCUAUGACAAUUGAUGUCAUUUGGAUGACAAGUACUGUACCCCAUUUCAUAUUUGUAUUUAUUAGCACUGCUUUUGUGUAUCCUUAUUUCAAUGCAACUUAAUGUCUCAGUUAGCUUUUGGUGUUCAGUUGGUGCAAUGGCUAACCUUGGUGGACCAUUGAAAACCACUAUUGGAACAACUCAACACACUGCAGCCAAUAGACAAGACCUGGAUAAGCAAGCUUUGUAAAGCCAUGUAAACAGUUAUGGCACAAGGCAUUUUUGAUUCUGUGAAUCUAGUUGCUAGUUGAUUUGUUGCUGGUUGAUUGGUAUAGGCUAGGUCCUCCUGUUUAUUUGGCCAUGAUCCUACUGUAUUACCAGAGACUUACAACAGUGUUUGCAUCAGUUCAGGUGUCUUUUAUAGAGCCUACUUAGAGGUCUGUGACAAAUGGGUGUCUCAGGACUAUUCCACAAUGGUAUCAAUGCUAGAAUGUUGUCCAAUCUAAGAACAAACACAGAUAAUACCCCAAUGCCACACUGACAGAGGGAUUAUCCAGAAAGAUGCAAAAUGUAGUGCAGAAUGACCUCAUUCAUGCAGUAAACAUAUCAUCAAGUAGAGACAUGGUUUUCCCAUUUGCAUUGUGUUGUGAGUGUGGUUCUGAAGAAGAUUUCGAUGAGUCAUUCACUGUCUGGCCAAACGUCCUACUCCACUAAAUACCCAUGAUUAAACAGUUCAGAGAGAGGUUCAAGUGAAUACGUAGGAAACCCCUUACACCACCAGUGGAGCCACUGAUUUGUGAGGGCAAUAUGUGUAUGGUGCUAUACAUCCAAACAUUCUACAAAACAAUGCAUUCUUACAGCAAUAGAAUUACAGGUACCUGUUUCUUAGACUCUUUUGUAGAAACGGAAAUGAAUCUAUAUUUAAAAGGAGAAGACACUGACAACAUUAGCUUUAUGUGUUCAAACCUCAGAGCUUUUAUUGUCGUUGACUAUGUUGAGAUCUGUGAGGUCUGCCGGAGUUAGUAAUCCUUGCUUGAGUUAGGCAACUAAAACCUAUGGUCAGGCCAAAUAUAGGUAGUGUAUAUUAGCCAACCCACUCAACAUCAUAGAGUGGGAUCACCAAGAGUUGUUUUCCAGUCAGGGAACAACGCUGAUGAAGAAGCAAAGCAGCCGAUAGCAGAGUCCCAAAGGAAUAGCCAGUAAUGCACUUAAGAGGCUGCAAGCACUGAGCCAUUGGAUUGAAUGGCUGUGUGUGGUGUGCAGUGUGUGAAAGAGAGGCAGAGAAGGUGCUUAUAUUGUUUAGAGACAUUUUUGCAUUUUGUUACUGAUUUCUGUGAACAAGAACAUGAGUGAGAAGGUCUUUAAAAUCUAUAACAGACAACAUAAACAUUACCACAAUAUAAGAAAACUGUUCUAUUUAAAGUAGUAAAACAAUGCAAUUUUAGCUACAGUAAAAUAGAAUAGAGCAACUACAAUAUAUAUAUAUAUUGUCAAAGCAAUUAUGAAUAUUAACGUUUUCAUUGUGUGUCUUUUGUUUUUGUGGCACUAUACUAGGACAAACUUAUUUUAAUUUAAGGAAGAACAUGCCAUAUACUGAAAUAUCAAAGACUCAAUGUGUUUCUUUUGGUAAGCCAUGAUGGUUAAACCUAACUGCUAUUAUCAAUGACUUUGAAUGAUGUGGAUACCAACUAUAGAAGCAUCAAGAUGUGUUUUUUGUCUUUUUUUUUGUUUUAAGAAACAGUGAAAAAACAUCCAAAUAACUCCACAAAGAGAAUUUUCCAAAAUCCCAUCACAACUCACGAACCAAACAUAAAAAAAUAUAUAGAUACAAAUCUCUACAGCAACUAACGGAUCGCGUUGUUGCAUGAUCAAUGGAAGACUGCAUGAGCUUUAAUUUUCAAAACUGUGGAUCUCAACUCUAUUAUGGUUGCAUCAUUAGAAAACCCUUGCUUUCAUCUGCACUAAAGGCUUUAAAUAUAUCACAAACACAUGCACACUACUUCAGUAUGAUUUAAAAAUGUUCUUGUUUGUAAAAAGCAAAAGAGCCUAUUCUUACGACCCGAUGUGUUUGCUUUGGCAGCACUGUACAGAAUUUGGUUCAUUCUGAUCAUGCAAUACUCACAGAAGCAACAAAUCUGACUUCACUUAAAAUGGUGAGGAAAGGUAACCAACAAUGACACAAUCUUGGGAUGACAGCAAUGGAUUGAUAGACAUGUGACUGUUACAGUAUGAGUUGAUAAUACCAUGAAGCAUGCAUAUAAUAUGAAUGUGACCAAGUGCACUAAAUAAUGUAUGGUGGCUCUCUGGGAGCUGCAAAAAAGACACAAAGGACUGUUGACCCUUGCUCUUCUUCAAAUCCAUUUGCCUACGAACAUCGGAAAUGUAUUUUUAUUUUUUUUACAUUUCACAUUGUGUCUCCAAGGAUUAUGCUAUGUGUUCUGUUUGUCAGUUAAUGACAAAGGCAUGGUCUGUGAUCUAUGCAAGGGUAUUUCUUUUCUUAAAUCACUUAUAAUUUCAUGUUACAUUACCUUCAAUAAAUUUUUAAGGAUC